UAUAGUCACACACAUUUCCAUAAACGUACAAACUAACAGCCAACCACUACACCACCGUCACAUUUGUGCAGAUACAUCUGCUUUAAAAUGUUUGCCAACAUUUUAACCAUUUUACUAAUUGGAGGAUUUUUCUCUGACACAAAUGUCGGUGCAAUCGUAUUGGGGAAAAAAAAUGACGAUGGUCCUCUGCCCAAAGCCGUGCUUGAAAUCCAUCCCCUUCUUAACUUUAUUGGAACCAUUAACAACAAAAAUUUUUUUAUUGAGCGAAUUAAACGAACGCAAGUUGAAGCACGAGAAAGUUGUAAAGCAAUGGGAAUGAAUUUGGCAAAAUUAGGAGGACAGGAUGAGCUGAAUUUCAUUGCUAAGCAACUGCGUCCGGAAGAGGUUACCGCUUGGACUGAUGGGGAGUAUGUUGGUGGGAUGGGGAUUGAGGAAUUCUGGUGGAGGGAGGACUUCUCUAAACCCAAUUCUGACUUCGAGAUGGCCUACGGCAUGGAUACGCGGAUUGGAUUGGUCACCUAUACCAACCCUAACGUUGCCUGGAUUGUGCCAUAUCAAUACCAAUCUGCUCAGUAUUAUUUGUGCUAUUUUUAAGCGGCGGUUAGUUUUGGUGCUGUCAAUACUUACAGAAAUGAAAAUCGAAUAAAAACAACAUAAUUAUACCGAA